AGCCUGAGUGACGUCUCUCUGCUCUCUCAGGAUCCGCGCGUGUCUCUGUGUGUGAAUGUGUUUUUGCAUCGCGCUCCUGUUUUGCAUCUACAUCAGUUUUUCCGAGUGCUCGUAACAACGAAAAGUGACGGAGACUAAAACACGGCUGCUGAUCUGAUCGUGACCGCGCUCGCUUUUAGACUCUCUAGCUCGUUAAUUAUCGCUUGUUUUCUCAGUCGUGAGCGAUUAUUACUGCCAGCGGGAUCAUGUCAGAAGUGCUGCCGUACGAGGAGAGCAUCUCUCAUUACGGUGCAGAUGGAGACGAGGAGCAGAUUUCCCUCACCUGUCGCCUGCAGAACAACAGCAGCAACUUCUACAGUUCUGCGCAGAACAAACGAGCUCCGAAACUCGGACAGAUCGGGCGCAGCAAGAGAGUUGUCAUAGAGGACGACAGAAUUGACGAAGUCCUGAACAACACAGCGGAGAAGUCAUCGGCGGGAGUGUAACGCUCAAGGACACUGUUAAAGCGUCAGGAAAUCGUGGGUUCUGUGCAUUCUGCAUUGAAAGCACUUUGCAGUCCUGCUUAGCAUGGGUUGAAUUUCACGAUGCGGCAGCAGGCGAGGACCAGCCCAAAACAAAGAGGGAGUCCGUGCUGCUUUACAUCUUUCUUUAAGGGCAUGAUUCAUAUCCCUACCUAUAAAGCGACAUCUUAACGCUGGACAUAGAGUCCUUUGUUGUUUACUACAUGUGGAGUUGGUCUGUAGUGGUUCAGAUUCAGUUUAUAUUGUGCCAGGAAUGCUUUGAUAUCACAAGCACA